AUGCAGGGUGGCGUGAAAUUUGCAGUCAUUUUAGUAAAGCUGGACGUGAUCCUUCGUCAGGAGGAGCUGAAACUGGAAAUUAGUAGAUCAGUAUUCUGGACAGACAGUACAAUUGUGAUACAGUAUAUCAGGAAUGAAAACAAACGCUUUCAUGUGUUCAUAAGAAACAGGAUAGCUCUUAUCCAUGAGAGUUCAGAGCCAAACCCAUGGAGACAUGUGGGCAGCACAGAGAACCCUGCUGAUGACGUGUCACGGGGGCUGGAUGCAGACAAAAUGGUGUCCUCUGACAGAUGGAAACAUGGAACUGAGUUUCUAUUUCAAGCAGAGUCUGAAUGGCCCACAAGUACCAAUCUCAGUCCAGAAAUUCCUGAUGGUGACAAGGAAGUGAAGAAAGCUACAACAACUUACACAAAUGUGACGAAUGGCUGUAGAGAUCUGUUGUUUGACUUGUUUGAAAAUAUUCCACGUGGCACAGCCUAA